AUGCUGCCGCUUUCGCUUCUUAAGACGGCACAGGGACACCCUAUGCUUGUGGAGCUUAAGAAUGGGGACACAUACAAUGGACAUCUGGUGAAUUGUGACACUUGGAUGAAUGUGAAUUUACGUGAAGUCAUUUGUACGUCCAAGGACGGUGAUCGUUUUUGGAAGAUGCCGGAAUGUUACAUCCGUGGCAAUACAAUCAAGUACAUUCGUGUACCCAAUGAGCUUCUUGAUAUGGUGCAUGAGGAAGACUUUAACAAGCGCGAUCGUCAAGCAUAUCGUGGACGUGGCCGUGGAGGUCGUGGUGGCAUUGGUGGUCGAGGAAACCGCGGUGGCCGGGGUGGACGUGGUGGACGUGGGGAUGGCUCUGGUGGCCGAGGUGGACGUGGAGAUAGCCCGGGUGGCCGAGGUGGACGUGGUGAAGGCCGUGGCCGAGGAGGUGGUCGUGGUCGUGGCCGUGGUCGCAGCGACAACUAG